GGGCGACCUCCGCGUUUAAAUAAUAUUGAGGAAAUAUUCCGCAAAAUUUUGACCUAAGAAUAGAUGCCAACAUUUUCCUGUACAAAUGUGGUUAUUCCGUUAUUGUAACGUUCCAACCUAAAACAAGUAGUAUUAACAAAGUAGUUGUGAAACUACAAUAAUGAAUUUAAGACUUCUAUUACUGUUAUUAUUGUAUAAAGAAGUGCACAGUAAAUGUGAGGAACACAUAAGAUGUGAAUCUUGUAUAAAGGAUAAUAAUAAUUGCGUGUGGUGCGCUGCGGACACUUUUGGACCUGAGAGUCGAUGCAAGCCAUAUACUCCCGAUACAAGCUGGUGUAUUAACGAUAUUAUAUAUCCUCAAAGUAGUUACAAAAUUAUUGAAAACAAGAGUUUAUCAUCAGAUUUUGGUAACGUUGUACAAAUUAUACCUCAAAAAAUUGAAAUGGAUAUGAGACCAGGCCAAGAAGUGGAAUUUAGUUUUAAUUUUAAGCGAGCUAGGGAUUAUCCAAUAGACAUGUAUUUUCUGGUCGAUGGUUCAGAAUCGAUGAUAACAAUAAGAGAUAAUAUCAUUGAUGAGGCUGAAACGAUAUACGGGAUGAUGGGAAAUAUUUCACGAAAUGUAACACUGGGAAUUGGCACUUUUGUUGAUAAGAACGCUUUACCAUUUACACAAAAAGUCGAUCAAACCUUAACCUAUUCAUUCAGAAACCAAUUAAAGCUUACUGACGAUAUACAACAGUUUAAAAAAAUAUUACGCGACAUAAAAUUCGGCAAGAACUAUGAUCCUCAAGAAGGCACAUUAGACGCACUCGCUCAAGUUAUAACUUGUAAUAAAGAAAUUAGUUGGAGGGAUGAGUCAAGGAGAGUAAUUAUCGUGCUAACAAACGCCCCAUACCAUGCCGCUGGUGACGCAAAAUUUGCAGGAAUCGAUCAACCAUAUGAUGGCCAAUGUUACACAAUAAAUGGCGGUUAUUCAAAAGAAUUAGAACUAGAUUACCCAUCAACGAGUGUUUUAAGAAGAUUGAUUUCUAACGAAGGCGUUUCAGUUAUAUUUAUAGUUAAUUCUGACGAAGUGAAUACUUACCACCGCCUUACAAAAAUUAUUGGAGGAUCUGAAUUAACUUAUGAUAAAAAUAAGAUUGCCUCCAAAUUAAGCUCAAUUUAUGAGGGUAUAACGAAUAAAAUAAGCUUAAAAGUAAACAUGGAUUGGAGGUUGCGAGAAUUUCUAAAAAUUUCUUUUAAACCUGAUUGUUAUCAGUCAAAAGUAAAUACGAACUGCUUGUUAAAACAGGAAGAAGAAAAAACAAUAUCGGGAAAUAUUAAGCUAUUAAAAUAUUUUGACGCUGCUAAUAUUAAUCUUGACAUAGGAAUAGAGGGUAUCAGAGAAAAACUAACUAUUAAAAUAAAUACUAUUAAAAAAUGUGACUGCAGAACGGAAACCAAUACUGAAGCUUGCUCAACUAAAGGAGUCAAAAGAUGCGGAAUUUGUGAAUGUAAUGAGGACAGGGAAGGAGAUAAAUGUGAAUGUGAAAAAGGCGCUAGUAACAUCAAAGAUGACUCUUCUUGCAAAAUGCCUAAUACGACAACUAUUUGCAAUCGCAAUGGAAUAUGCAAAUGUGGACGUUGCAAUUGCAGAAAUGAAUUUACUGGCCAGUUUUGUGAGUGUAAAAUAGAUAGCUGUCCGAGAGACCCAGCUGGUGCUUUAUGUUCGAACCAUGGCCAUUGUGACUGUGGAACAUGUACUUGCGACGAUGGAUGGAUCGGUGAUCGGUGCCAAUGCCCAACCACAGAAGAAAUGUGUACACUUAAUAAUAAAACUUGCAAUGGUAGAGGCAUCUGUACUUGCGGAGAAUGUGGAUGUGAUGCUAUUGCGGACUGGGAUUCGCGAAAUAAACAGAAUGAAUUAUGUGUCAUCCAGCCUUGUACCACGUGCCAUACGCCACAGUGUCUCAAAUUAACACCCUGUGUCCUAUGCCUCAUGUCUAGCAACGAGUGCCAGGACUGUGGCCAUUUGAAUGUUACUGUUCUCACAAAUGUAACACAUGAAGACGAGUGGAUGGUCUGCUAUAAUAUCCAUGUGGAUCUUGGUUGUAGCACGAAAUUCAUCUAUCGAUACUCGUUGGAUCGAUACGGAAUUGACGUCAUUGCUCAGACUAGUUUCGAUUGUGCUGCUAGUUACUAUAUGUUUGGAGGCGGAUGCCUGGCAUUAUUACUCUUUAUUGGACUGGCAACACUAGUGGCGUGGAAGUUGUUAACUAACGCCCGUGAUCGCCGCGAAUAUGAAACAUUCCUUAAAGACGUCGCUGCCCAGAGUGCUAGUGUAGACAAUUGUACUUACAUUCCACCAUCCACUACAUUCAGUAAUCCACUAUUUGGAGAUAACGACCAUUAAAUACAUUAUUUUUGAAGAAUAUUAAAUGUUAUACGGCGAAAGUUAUAAAAUAA